UUGCAUUACGACUGUAACACGUGGUGAUGUUUACAAGUUGGUGGAAUGUUGACUUCUGUGUGAGUGACCUUGAAUGAUUGUGCGUGAUGUGGAGUAGUGAUUGGCCAGUGAGAUCGUAAUCAAGAACUUCAAAAUGUAUAAAAUUAACGUUUCGUUAGCGUGCUUAUUAUUCGGAAAAGCUCAUAUCAAACAAGGUUUUAUCCACCACCGGCAGAAAUGUUGCCACUACUCCUCUGGGCUCAACAAGCACAUAGAAAAAAUCCUCAUUGCAAAUCGUGGAGAAAUAGCUUGUCGUGUAAUGAGAACAGCAAAGAAGCUUGGUAUUAAAACUGUUGCAGUAUAUAGUGACGCAGAUGCUGCUGCUCUACAUGUCUCAAUGGCUGAUGAUGCUUAUAAUAUAGGACCAGCACCAUCACAAGAAAGCUAUCUUCGACAGGACAAAAUUAUACAGAUUGCAAAGUCUACUGGCUGUCAGGCAAUACAUCCUGGUUAUGGUUUUCUUUCUGAGAACACAGAAUUUGCAAAUCUCUGCCAAAAAUCAGAUAUCAUAUUCAUAGGUCCACCAGCAACAGCUAUUCGUGACAUGGGAAUUAAAAGCACUUCAAAAUCUAUCAUGGCUGCUGCUGGAGUGCCAGUUGUUGAAGGCUACCAUGGGAAUGACCAGUCACUUGACAAGCUGCAAAAAGAAGCUGAACGUAUUGGUUUUCCAGUGAUGAUUAAAGCGGUUCGUGGUGGUGGAGGCAAGGGUAUGAGAAUUGCCUUUUCACCUAAUGAAUUUGAGUCGGAGCUUGAAUCUGCUAAAAGAGAAGCAAUGAAAUCAUUUGGUGAUGAGGCAAUGCUUUUGGAAAAAUUCAUCCAAGAACCAAGGCAUGUUGAAGUACAAAUUUUUGGAGAUAAACAUGGGAAUUAUGUUCAUCUUUUUGAGAGGGAUUGUAGUGUUCAAAGAAGACAUCAGAAGAUAAUUGAAGAAGCUCCCGCUCCUGGAAUUUCAGAUAUGCUUCGUAUGGAACUGGGUGCAGCAGCUGUUCGAGCAGCACAGGCCGUGGGUUAUGUUGGUGCUGGAACUGUGGAAUUCAUUCUUGACAGGCACAACCAUUCUUUUCAUUUCAUGGAAAUGAAUACUCGACUGCAAGUGGAGCAUCCUAUAACUGAAAUGAUAACUGACACCGAUCUUGUUGAAUGGCAGAUCAAGGUUGCUGGGGGAGAAGAAUUACCUCUUAAACAGGAUGAAAUUAAGUUAAAUGGUCACGCUUUUGAAGCUCGAAUUUAUGCUGAAAAUCCCAACAAUAACUUUUUACCGGGGGCAGGUCCAUUGCUUUAUUUAUCAACUCCUGUACCAGAAACAGAUGUACGUGUUGAAACAGGUGUACGUCAAGGAGAUGAAGUUUCUGUACACUAUGAUCCAAUGAUAGCAAAAUUAGUCGUUUGGGGAAAAAAUCGACGAGAGGCUCUCAUGAAGCUGCGUUCUCAGCUAUCAUCAUACUAUAUCGCAGGUCUUGACACGAAUGUGAACUUUCUUUUGGAUCUUUCAAAACAUGAAGCAUUUAUAGAUGGACAAGUGCAUACUAAUUUCAUAGAAGAACAUCGAAACCAGCUGUUGACUGAUCAGAAUACAAUGCCUUCCGAUGAACUAAUUUUGCAGGCUUUCCUGGCUCAGUUACUCAAGGAAAAGGAGUUGGCAGUUAAAUCAGUGUGCAAUAGCAACAACCCAUUUGCAACUGAAGUGGGUUUUCGAUUAAAUCAUCUUUUGAAGCGCACCGAAAUCCUCAGUUGUCCAGGCAUUGAGAGUGUAGCAGCGGAUAUUACAUAUAACAGAGACAAAUCAUAUUUGAUUAAAAUAAAGGGAAAUGAAAAAGAAUAUACAAUAAAUGGGGAACUUACAAAGUCAGGAGAUUCAUUUGAUCUUUCUUGCUCAAUUGAUGGGCAUGUUAUAAAAUCCCACAUUUUCUUCUGCGAGAGUGACAUAUACAUAUUUACAAAAGAUGGCAGUCAGAAGUUCAAUAUACCAUUGCCAAAAUACAUGAAAGAAUUAGAGGAAAUGAGUUCUGGAGUGAGUGGAAGCAAUGCUGCAACAGCUCCAAUGCCUGGUGUUAUAGAUAAAGUGUGGGUCUCGGAAGGACAGACAGUGGAAGUAGGACAGCCCUUAAUGAUUAUAAUUGCCAUGAAGAUGGAGUAUUCAGUACGUGCGCCACUAGCAGGAAAAAUUGAAAAAGUUCUCUUCAAGCAAGGAGAUUCUGUUUCUAAGAAUGCAGUACUUGUCAAAUUUGAAGAAACUGAUUCUAAUGCUUGAUUGCUGUACAUCGUAUUAUCUCCGAAGUGCUGUGCCUGACACAGCAGUGCUUUAGAAGCUGUGUGGAUGAUGUGAUCUGAAACUGUAGCAGCUGCAUUGGAAAGCUUCAUCUAGCAGUCUGAAACUGUGUUAUCAAGAAGCACCCUACCGCUCCCCCAUACUGGGAUCACACUAAUGCAGCUGUGGUGUGACACGUUAUGUGCGCUCCUUGCCAUCUGGAAAUGAGAAAUAUAGUUUUAUCCUAGGACAUAAUUCUUUUAUGUAUAUACAAGUGAGUGAGUGAUUGAGAAAGAGAGAGAGAGAGAGAGAGAGAGAGAGAGAGAGAGAGAGAGAGUAUUUAGGCACUGUGAAAGAGCAUACUGAUUAAUGUGCCAAGUACAAAUUCAUUACAAGUAUCAUCUCAGGUUAAUCAAUCAAAUGAUCUGUGUAAGGUUCACUGCAUUUAUUUAAACUGUUAGCUCACAUUCCUGCCUCUACGUUCAGUAGGUGGUGUUUGUUUUUUCCAGUUAAUUAUAUAUAUUCACGUUUUUCUUUAUAAUUAUUUUCCUUCUCACUGAAAAUUCUUAGUACAAAAAGAUGGCAUAAAUGCAAAAAAAAAAAAAAAAAAAAAAAAAAAAAAAAAAAAAAAAAAAAUUAUCUUGCUUUCCUGUAGAUGAGUAGUUGUUAGGUUAAAAAUUAAAAUAAUUAUUUAAUGUCUUGAGCUAUCAGUGAAAGUGAAAAUUUUUUAACAGUGUCAGAAGAAAUAACACACAGGAUUCAGAAAGUAUUAAGUUUCAAAGUUAAUGGUAACAAACAAAAAAAGUGUCAGAUGCUUCAAACAGAAAUGGUUGAAACAAACACCCCAAAUAAGUUCCUAAGAAAUUUUUUCUGACUCAGAGUUUCCAGUUAUUAUAUGUUUCACAUUCAUUGUGACUGUCUCUGUUUUUCUUCUUUAGAAGCUUUUGGAAGAGGGGUGCUUGUUUAUGAAAACCCAGGAUGCAGCAUCUAUAUUUGUUUGCUGUUUGGUUUUGCUAAAAUUUGAAAUAGAUGGUACCUGAAAAAAUAAUCAAUUGAAAAUUUGUGUAAUAAUAAUGUGACAUAAAAAAGGUAACUUUGUUGCUAGUCAGUCUUCCAUAUUGUGACUAAAGAGCAUAUGCCAAACUGUUUAGCAGUCACAAUGAAAAUGUAUAUUUCACAGCUGCAAAUGUGAAAUCAUAUAGAUGGCUACCAAGUAAGAGAUGGGAUGUUCUAUUUCACUAACAUGUUUUGUUAGAAAUUGUAACUAUUUUCAUAUUUUUUUAUACUGUUAAAAAUGUGAACUGGUCAAAUAAACAGUGAUAUCUUGUA